AUGAAAGCAAUUUUAUUUAUCGCUCUAAUCCUUUGUUUUGCCAAUUGCAGUCUUGAAACAAUUGGACUAAGACACAAACUAUCGUAAAUUAUUCAAGAACAUCAAUCAAGUUUACAAGAAAAACAAAUGUCUGGUGGUUGGAUCAAAUAACCAUUAGAGGAAUUUGAAUAACAAAACAAUAGCAUUCUUAUAACAUCUUUAGAUGCUGUUGAAGCUAAAUAUAAUUUAUCCAAAGAUGGAUAUGAAUAUGAAAAGCUACUUCAAGUGACUACUCAAGUCGUGGCAGGAAUAAACUAUAAAGUUCUUGUUUAAUAUGCAAAAGACGAUGCAAAAAGAAUCUUCGAAGUUCAAUAAUAUGUUGUUCCCUGGAACCAAUCUGCUAACUCAAUCACCAAAGUAGAAGAAAUUUCAUCAUCAAGCUAAUGAAAUAAAUUUAUAAUAUAGAAUAAUAUAAUUGUAUGAUUUU